AUGCUCGGACAACGGGCCGCCGUUUUUCGCCUAGAUCAACGUCGCAAUUACGGGAAAAGGUUAUUCUAAGUUAAAAUUCUUCUUCUCAUCUGGAACAAAUUCUGAUUAUUUUUUUCAAUUGAUCACAAUGAAUACUUUCCCAAUCAACCUUUGUUUGUCGGUAUCGUUCAUGAUAGUCGCAAUUUUUGGCUUUCAGCUAUAUGCUUCGGGAUUUCCAUGGGACAAAAAAUGAAGAAAACACGACGCUCACGAUGCAAUAAAAAAUAUAAUUUAUAUUCUUAUGAGUUCUUUGCAGAUCAAGGGAACACAUAAAAAUUACCGAAAAUGAAACGACACGUUUUAUCUUCACUUUAUUUAUAUGUAUUUUUUCUACACACUUCAAAAUUUUGAGUUUUUCUUGCUCAUUCAUCAGAUAUAUGGAUACAAACAACUCUACAAAAUUAAAAUCUGAUGCGAUUACAUUUUAUGUAGAAACUGUACUGAAGUUCAUUCUCCGCUGGAUUGAGACUGUAUCCAAACCUUUGUGCAGUUUUUUUCUAUUCAACCUAGAGCUGAACAGAGCAUUUAUUACCAAUUAACUAAUUUUUUUGUGGAUAUUGAAUUCUUCUUCCCUUCGGAAAAGUUUAAUUCAGAGAUUGAAAUAAAAAAAACCGAUUCAAGCCAACUAUCAACAAGUUAUUUGGUCUCAAUCUCGAAAUGAGAAAUCAUCUUGAACCCCACCUCAUUGGAGUGCAAUUGAGGGCUGUUGUGUUGCAGCCGAUCUCCCUGAGACAAGAAAGUUUCCAGAAGCGACGACGACGAACGCUACCGGAUCCCGUACUCGAAGGAGUCGCAUCGCUGGACGCCAAGACGUCGGCUCCACCAAACGCCGCCGACGCCGCCGCCGCUACCUCCGCCGGUGGCCGUCCCCAAGCGCUAUCAAAUCGAGGUGACGUCGCUUCCGACGACGGCAAGAACGGAAGCGAGUCCCUGCAAAAUCACCUAUUGGGUUGGUUCCCGUAAAAAAGUCUACUUCAUGGUUCAUAUUGAAAGAAGGUGGUGUUUCAUGGAAAUUCGAGAGAAAAAGAAAUGAAUAAGUUUGCACCUCAAAGCAACGUUUUCCAUCAAGUGUCCGUCCGAUUUAAUAAGGAAUGAAGAAAAAUUUAACAGCUACUAUGAAAGCUCAUUGUAGAGAUUUUUUUGAUAAUAGAGAAUUUUCUAAUUUUUCUAAUUCUACUCAAAGACUCAAAAAGUUAUCGCAAUCUUCAUUUAAAUAAAAAAAAAAAUAAGAGAAUCCCAAUGUUUGAAUCAAAAUGACCUAUCUUUUAGAGCGAAGGAAGUUUCCCAAACGAGUUUUAUAAAUUACAAGUAAAGCUUUUGAUGAUCAAUAAUUAAAAUGUGUCCAGUUAAUAAUUCAGUUGAUGACGUCACUGAAUUCUUCAGGUGUACCCAAACAUGGCGAUAACGCGCGAAGUGGACGAUCGGUGCGACAUCGUCGGCGAAUGCGUCUUUCUUGACGCUUCCGAUUCUCACGUGUUCGUCAACCUUACCCCACAGGUUCGAACUAUUUGUUCCUUUUUUCCAGUCUUCCAAUAAUCUUGAGGAGAACAAGUUCGUACUGUAUCGUUGUGCACACACGGCCCACACUCCACCCAGUGGUCUUCUACCUGUUAAGGUAAGUUUCUCGCAGAAAAGUUUUAAAAAUCAAUAGUCGAUUGUUCAGUCGCGACCAGACUACAUGCAGACCCAGUGGGAGCAACUCGGCGACCUGCUAGCCGCCCUUUCCGUCGAGUCUAACGACGAUUAG